UAUAAAGGUUCCUCCUCUAUUUCUUCUCUUAAAACCGUUUCAAUAACGAGAUGAUCAGUGCCAAGAAGCUCCUGAAAUUGGCAAAGAAAUGGCAGAAGUUGGCUGCUAUCAGGAGAAAACGAAUUACAUUACCAAACACCAUCACAAGUAUUGAUACUAGCAGUUGCAGUACAUCUACAAAAGCUGAGAAAGGUUGUUUUGCUGUGUACUCUGCAGACCAAAGACGGUUUCUGCUUCCUUUGGAAUAUCUCAACAAUGAAAUAAUCAAAGAGCUAUUCGACAUGGCAGAAGAAGAGUUCGGAUUGCCUAGCAAGGGACCUCUCACGUUACCAUGCGAGGCAGAGCUUAUGGAAUAUGCAAUUUCUUUGAUAAAAAAGAAGGUUAAUAGAGAUGUGGAACAAGCAUUACUGAACUCCAUAGCUAGCAGUUGUUCAUCUUUCCAUUUCCAACAUCAAGCAAUGAUCCAUCAAUUACCAAUUUGUAGCUUCUGAAAUAAAUUCAGUUAUAUCUGUAGACAUAGAUUACUAAGUGUACAUUAAUAAACAUAAUCAAGAAUCUCAAGGUUUUUUUUUUUUAUCCUAUCUAGUUUUUUGUCCAUGGAAUAUAAAUUUCACUAUAGUUAUUCUGAAAAUUUUUGGUGUUAGAUAUCGGGAUUUAUUCUUUUAUUGUGGCAAGAAAAUGAGAAUCCUGAUGGAACCCAAAAGCAUGCGGUCUCUUCACAUUGCCUGAAAGUGUUUGGACUAUUAAAG